AUGGCAAUCUCGUCUUAUUGCGGUCCGAGAUCUACUUCAAAGGAAAAUGAAAGAAGUGAAAGUGUUCAAGUCGAAAGUUCGUGCACGUAUAGCAAAGACCAACUGAAUAAUCAAGAAGCCAUUCCUUCAGCAUGGGGAGGUUCUGUUCGGUCUGAUCCGGAAAUGAGUUUUGGAAAUAUGCUAACUACGACAGGGGGUCCAGCGUAUGAAACAGACAAUGAUAACACACCAGGCUCAGGAAAAGGGGAUCAACCUUCUAGCUAUGAUGAAACUUCCAAGUCAGUAAGAGAAGUACCAGAGACUUCAAAAGACCAAAGUAAAGAUGAAGUCAUUAGAUGCUGCCCGUGCACCCAGCAAAUAAUUAAAGUUGUGAACCGUCGAAUGGAUGAGUGCUGUGACAUGGCUCAAGACACGAGGGAUGAGAUGCUCUCAAGCAUAUCCGGCGCUUUUGCUAAUCGGGACGCAACCGAAACAGCUUUGUAGCAACUGCAUGCGCAUAAUUAGUUCUGUAGAGCCAUACCUGACAUUCUCUAUUUUUGGUAACAAAUGCUGGGGUUUGUGUUUUGAUUCUUGCUAGUAGAACGGGGUAAAAUUACCAUAUGUACGUAAACUUUAUAGUUAGCCUGCAUCAAGCAUACGCUUUUAGCUAUAGAUAUACAGUCGAAAUAGCUGGC